UUGUGCUGCUGCGCCGGGUAUUUAUCACAAGAGUCGUGACUGUUCAGUUUACAUUGCUAGUUAGGCGGUCAGACGGUUCCUAGUAUACUCGGUCUUGCGUUGGACGCCCGUGGCCUUCGAUAGGUUUCGUCAAGUGCGAUUUUUUUGACUCACCAGAAAUAAUUAGUUUUGUAUAUUUAGUUUAUUUUUAUACGUUGUUGUGUGAGAAAGAAUGGCCACCGCUCCCGAAUACGCCCCGUUCUUCGCAGUGAUGGGUGCCUCUGCGGCUAUGGUGUUCAGCGCCUUGGGAGCUGCCUAUGGCACAGCUAAGAGCGGUACAGGUAUUGCUGCCAUGUCUGUGAUGAGGCCGGAGCUCAUCAUGAAGUCAAUCAUCCCCGUCGUCAUGGCGGGUAUUAUAGCCAUCUACGGCCUGGUAGUAGCAGUGCUGAUUGCUAACAACACCGCAAACGACAUCAGCCUGUACAAGAGUUUCCUCCACCUGGGAGCAGGGCUGAGCGUGGGCCUCAGCGGUUUGGCAGCAGGCUUCGCCAUUGGCAUUGUCGGUGACGCAGGCGUGAGGGGGACAGCUCAACAGCCAAGGCUUUUCGUGGGCAUGAUCCUCAUCUUGAUUUUCGCUGAGGUCUUGGGUCUCUACGGGCUCAUUGUUGCCCUCAUCCUCUCCACGAAAUAAACACCCAAACAUCUCCACUACAAGAUCAGUCCUUUACGUUGCUGCUGGAGAAAAAGUGUAAACCGAAGGGGGAAAAAAAAAAAGAAAAAUUUCUGCCACGCAAGAUGAAAGAAGUGAAGGCGGGGAAAAAAUGAAUUAAAAUGGCUCCAUAAAUAUGGUCUUAUCUCAACAAUGUGUACAGUCGUCCCAGUUUGAUAGUCAACUUGUAAAUGCGCAAUGUAGUGAUUUGUCUGUCUUUUGUGUGUGCGUGUGUGUGUGUGCGUGCGUGUGUUAAAAAACAAUUGUAUGAUGAAGGUUCCUUUUUUCCCUCCACUUAUUUCAGGCUUUGAGGCCAGCUGAGGCAGCUUGGCCUCUGGUCUUAGAGAGCUGACCAAAGGGCCGCACAGCUUUUUCUCCUCCCAUAUCAACUCGGGAGUUGACACAAUUUCUGCAUUAAUCUUGAGGAUCUAUUUGUAAAGAGAAAUGUGUAUGGACUAAAGCUUUUUUUCCACUGAUUUUGUUUAUAGGAAAUUGUUCAUUGAAUUGUUUAAUGCAGCAAAAGUCUCUAAUUCCCCAGGUUAUAUACAUAUAUAUAAAUAUAUAUAUAUAUACAGACAUAUAAAUAUCUAUAUAGAUAGAUUUAAUGCACUGUGGGUUAAUUGUGAUAAGUGGUUGGAUUUCCUCUGGAUGUAAUUCUUGGUUUAAUAAUUAAGACUGCCUUUAGUAUGUUGCUGGUGGAGUGGGAGUUUUGUGUGUAGCUGUAUUCUAAUCAUUACGCAAACAUUCUCAAACUUCAGUGUUUUUCCUGUAGUACUGCUGUUUGCAUUAAAGGUGUGUGCGCCCCGUGUUGGGUCUCACAAGUGUAAUUUUCCACA